GCGAGCCGGGGUAAUACAACAGCAGAAAAGUUGCAGAAAGUGACGGCAUUUUAAUACAUGAACCUCGUAAAAUCUACGAAUUCAAUGGACAUUCUCGUCUUCUUGGCAGAAGUCACAAUUUGGCUGCCUUUCUUCUCUUCCCACUUUCCACCUCUUCUGGCAUUGAAUACAAUAUUAUUGUAGGACUGUUACUCCAAAGGUCCACGUAAAACCCAUCUGCCAUUUGAAUUCUGGCAGCAAACUGUUGUAAACCGUGGAUCAGUCGUCGUCCCCGUAUAUUACUUCCCUCCUAAAUUUUCUUCCCGUAUGGUCAUCAGAAACAUUAUCUAAAGAUUUUACGAAAUUUUCUUCCCGUGAUCGGUUAGGCUAAACCAAUCCAAAACUGUACAGUCGAGCCAGCAGAAUUGCAUUCCCUAACCCUUUUGGCUUCCUUCUGAAAAUCGGAGGGUUUAUUGACGACAAUGGCGAAAGGAAGAUUUAGUCGGCAGCAGCAUCCAGGGAAACGGACGUCGACGGUGGCGUUGGUUCUUUCGAUGCUUCUAAUGUUAACAAUCGUGCUAUUAAUGCUUCUGGCUCUCGGCAUUUUUUCUCUCCCUCUCGGCUCCGACGAUGGACCCUACCCUGUCUAUGACCGCAUCAAGUUCAAGCGCGUCGCUCUCGACAUCGGUGAGGGAGAAGGCUUGGGGAAAAGAGGCGAACAAUGGACGGAGGUGCUCUCUUGGGAGCCUAGGGCUUUUAUUUAUCACAAUUUCUUGUCUAAGGAAGAAUGCGAGUAUCUAAUUGAUCUUGCCAGACCUCACAUGGUUAAAUCAACAGUCGUGGAUAGCAAAACUGGUCAGAGUAAAGAUAGCAGGGUGCGUACAAGUUCUGGAAUGUUUAUGAGGAGGGGAGGGGAUAAAGUCAUCAGAAACAUCGAGAAAAGGAUAGCAGACUACACCUUCAUUCCUGUAGACCAUGGAGAAGGCCUUCAAGUUCUUCACUAUGAAGUUGGGCAAAAGUAUGAACCUCACUAUGAUUACUUCCUUGACAAAUACAACACAAAAAAUGGCGGCCAACGUAUAGCUACACUUUUGAUGUAUCUAUCAGAUGUCGAAGAAGGUGGAGAGACAGUUUUUCCUGCUUCAACAGGGAAUUUUAGCACUGCUCCAGGGUGGAAUGAGAUGUCAGAAUGUGCAAAAAGGGGACUUUCUGAACCGAAAAUGGGUGAUGCUUUGCUUUUCUGGAGUAUGAGACCAGAUGCCACUUUGGAUCCAUCAAGUUUGCAUGGUGGUUGCCCUGUGAUUAGAGGUAACAAGUGGUCAUCUACGAAGUGGAUGCAUGUUGAGGAAUAUAAAGUCUAGAUGUAUUUUUUAUAAGGUAACUCUUGGGCACUUAGUAGUCAAAUCCAGUAUUUGGUACUUUCUGUGAGUUGUCAUUGCCAGCCAAAUGGUAAAUUAUUUUGCAGAGCUGGUUUCGGUAAAAUAUGAAAGAUGUCUUAUCUGUAAUCAUUUUCUUUAGUGAGUUCAAGCCCUUGGGCUUUGAGAUAUAUGAUUUUGACAUGCAAUUUCUGGACGCAUGGCUGCAUUUCUCUUUCUGAACUGCUUAAAUUUUCAUGACACAAGGGACACGAUCAAUAUCUAUGUUCAUAUUUUCUUCCGAUACAUAUAGGCCUCAGGUUUUUUAUAUUCAAUUUUCAUUUGUUGCCAGUCGUGGACUGCCUGCAUUACAACUGCUGUAUUCUUGUAUAUAAUGAAAGACAUUUUGAUUGUGUGGAUAAAGAAAUUUUAUCUUGUGAUGAAGUUUACAAGAUAAUAUUUCUAAAUUUUGUGCGUGCAGACUUGAUUUGUUGGUUUUGUGCUUAAUUUACUGCUCAAAUGGGGGCAUGCUGUUGAUUUAUUUGGCAACUAUU